AUGUCGGAUGGAGAUUGUGGGAAGCGAUUCACUGAAUUAUCUCGACUGAAGAUACAUCAGCGAGUUCACACUGGAGAAAGGCCGUUCACCUGCUCAGAUUGUGGGAAGGGAUUCGCUCAGUCAUCUCAACUGAAGGUACAUCAGCGAGUUCACACUGGGGAAAGGCCGUUCACCUGCUCGGACUGUGGGAAGGGAUUCACUUCAUCAUCUCUACUGAAGGUACAUCAGCGAGUUCACACUGGGGAGAAGCCAUUCACCUGCUUGGACUGUGGCAAGGCAUUCACUUCAUCAGCUCACUUACUGAGACACCAGCAGCGAGUUCACACUGGGGAGAAGCCAUUCACCUGCUCAAUCUGUGGGAAAGGAUUCACUUCGUCAUAUAAGUUACUGAAACACCGGUCAGUUCACACCAGAGAGUGGCCGUUCACCUGCUCAGACUGCGGGAAGGGAUUCACCGAAUUACCUCAACUUAAGGUACAUCAGCGAGUUCACACCAGAGAAUGGGCGGGGCUGCGCAGGCGUGUGACGUCGGCCGGAGAAGCUGGGAAGAUUAGAAAAGGAAAUAUUCUUAAACAGCGGGCAGCAUCGUUUGCGGGCAGUGGAGUCUGCCGGGAGCAGAGUGAAGGUUUAAGGGCUUUGGCUCAACGGGCCUAG